AGCUUAGUGUGUAAAAAUGUGCUUCGCACUCAUAGAGGAGGCGACAAAUUCAAUAGUUGUGCAAAAUUAAAAUUAAAUUCAACAAUUUAUUUGCUUAAAACGUGCGGACUUUACAAAAGUGCCAUUAAAUGCCACACCAUUGUAAUUUUGGGCAAAAGCAACACGACAUUUACAUCAUUGACGAGAAAUAAUGAAUCGAUGACUAUUUGCUGCCGCUGACACGGCUGCUUGCUGUCUGCGUUCUGAGUAGUGUCAAAUCACAACAACAACAACAUCAACAACAGAACGGCGUGGUCCGAGCAGCUGAAACUUUAAAACUGUUUGCCAGCAAGGACGAGGACCAACAUGUUUUGUGCCUGAGCCAAACUUUACUAUAAUCGAACCAUCGAACCGAAUAGGGCAGCAACAACGACUCGUGUCGAGCGCGAAAGCUGCGCGAAGCGAACAAGUGAGCAAGCGUUGAGCAUCUUUGCCAGUCAUAGAGAGAGCAACUGUGAGAGCACCAAAGAGCAGGUGUUAUAAAUUCUUUGAGAGUAACGGGGCGACAAGUGACGACGACAACGACAACGCCAUCGGCAACUUGCGGCUUGUGUGUUGGCCAGGAUACCGAUUGUUGCUGCAAGCACCAUACGGAAGUAGUGACAUCUGUUUUUACCGCUUUUGCCUGCUUAUCCUGUUGAAAGCGGCAGCCGAUGCAAUAGCCGACACACAACGACGCCGACGACGACGACGCCAACAACAACAACAACAACAUUGCCAGCAACAAGGAUAACGACGACGGCAACGUGAAAUACAAGUGUGGAAAUUGGAAUUUUUAUUCAAAACAAUGCCUCUGCUGCAACAGUACGACACUCCAGAUUGCGGAUCCGCAGUCAGCAGCCUGUGUGCCUUGAGCGGCGCCAACAAUGAUUUGUUGCAGAAGCACUCGAUUAAUUCACUGCUGGAACAACAUCAACACGAUAUGCUGGGACGUCGCAAUGAUGGCAAUGAUGGACUGAUAUCAUACAUAAAUGAUCCAAUCACACUGAACGAUCUACUUGGCCUGUGCGGCGAGACAGCAGCAGCAGGAGCAACAACAACAACAGGAGCAUCAACAACAGGAGUGUCUACAGCCGGAGGAGUAACAGCAAUAACCAUGGGCGGCAUUGGCAUGUUGAACACUGGUAACGGCAGCGGUGGUGUCGGCGGCGGGGCUGGCGCCGGCAACGGUGUUGUUAACCAUAAUUUGCUGCUGGGCGGCAAUUCGAUGGGCAACGCUGCCGCGGUCACCGCUGGCGCUGCCAGUGGUAUGCCAGUGGGCACCGAUGGCUCUAUAAACGGUUCACCGGCAGUACUCUAUGCGCCCCUAACGCCUAGCUCGACGCAGUCCUCUGCCUCGCCCGGCACACUAUCGAGCAAAUCGAACUUUGAUUUCUUUCAGUUUGAAAAUAAUGCACAAAGUACACCACUUAAGGCUUUCCAAAGAACAAACAUCAGCUUCGAUUGCUCUGCACCUUUAUCGCCAAGUACGCCUACAUCUAUUUACAAUCGCUCCUUUCACAGCUCACCUUUAGUCAGUGACAGCAGCAACUCCUCGAGCGGCACUGGAGGCACUGGACCCUCCAUGGACUCCAUCAAUAUGCUAUAUCAGCAAAAUUGCUACAACACCCUAAACAAUGCAAACAGCAGCAAUUUAGGUGUGAAUCUACAGAACGCAUCGACGCGCUCCAAUUCACCGGAGAGCCAGAACAGCAAUCAAUCAGUUAAUGAGCCCAAUUUGCUGGAUAUGAUUAAUCUGCUGUCUGUGAGCAGUAAUAAGUUAGCUUGUGUGCAGCAGCAACAACAGCAGCAGCAGCAACAGCAACACUUACAACAACAACUUCAACAACAGCAGCAACAACAGCAUUAUCAACAGCAGCAGCAGCAGCAACAACAGCAACAGCAACAGCAAAAUGUGUUCGCUGGCUUCAAUCUGAACUUUGAUCCGCAUAUGAGCGGACAAACGCCUUCGAUUCAGCCGCAGCAACAACAACAACAUAGUCAACAACAACAACAACAACAGCAGCAGCAGCAAUUCAAUAACUUUGAUCUAUCAAGCAAAGAUUGUCUAAACAAAUGCUUUAACACGAACGGCCUGGAGAAUUUUGCGAGCGUUGACAUGGAGCUGGCCAAGUUGCAGAACUUGCAGCGCAUCAAUACCUUGAAGCUGUUGCAGGCCCAAUCGCAGCAAAUGCCGCUGCUCAAUCAGUUGUUGCAGAGCUAUGCUGGCAAUAGUAACAAUGGCAUGAACUUAAACGCAUCAGCAGCUGGCUUGGGAACUGGCCUGAAUAUUGUCAACAAUACAGGUGGCGUCGCUACCGGCUUGACCGGCAUUGGCCCCGACGGGCAUCUAGAUCGCGUGGCCAAAUAUCAUCGCACAUCGGCUGCUUUGUGCGAUCCCACCUGCACCUGGAGCGGACAAUUGCCUGCACGCACUCAUCGCAUGCUCAACUAUUCGCCAAAAGUGUUCUUAGGUGGCAUACCCUGGGACAUAAGCGAACAAUCGCUGAUACAAAUCUUUAAGCCUUUUGGAUCGAUAAAGGUGGAAUGGCCCGGUAAGGAACAGCAGGCUGCACAGCCCAAAGGCUAUGCCUACAUCAUUUUUGAAUCGGACAAGCAGGUCAAGGCUCUGCUAUCGGCAUGUGUUGUGCAAACUGAUGAUUCAGUUAGUGGCAGCAAUUAUUUCUUCAAAAUUUCUUCGCGUCGCAUUAAAUCGAAAGAUGUUGAAGUAAUACCCUGGAUUAUAGCCGAUUCGAAUUUUGUGCGCUCAAGCUCGCAGAAAUUGGAUCCCACAAAAACAGUAUUCGUAGGCGCUUUGCAUGGCAAGCUAACAGCCGAGGGCUUGGCCAGGAUCAUGGACGAUCUAUUUGAUGGUGUGCUCUAUGCAGGCAUCGAUACGGACAAGUAUAAGUACCCGAUUGGAUCUGGACGUGUGACCUUUAGCAAUUUUCGCUCGUACAUGAAGGCAGUAUCGGCUGCAUUCAUUGAAAUACGCACCAGUAAGUUCACAAAGAAGGUGCAGGUUGAUCCCUACUUGGAAGAUGCUUUGUGCUCCAUCUGUGGCGUACAACAUGGUCCGUACUAUUGUCGUGAAUUGUCGUGCUUUCGCUACUUCUGUCGCAGUUGCUGGCAGUGGCAGCAUAGCUGUGACAUUGUCAAAAACCACAAGCCUUUGACGCGCAACUCGAAGUCGCAGACUUUAGUGGGUAUUGGCCCAUCCCCGUCGUCGGUGUCAUUGGCUCCAUCGACAAACAGUAUGCAUUCGAAUCAGCAACAGCAACAAUCAAACAUCUAUAGUUUGCUGUCCAAUACGCCGGGGACCAAUUCUUCAGCUACAUCGUUCUAUAACUACCAACAGCAACAGCACCAACAACAACAGCAGCAUCAGCUUCAGCAGCAACAAUCGAUUUAAGUCUAUCGAGAUCUGAUGCCCAACUACUUUUACUUGUAACCGUUUUACUUCAAAUCCAGCGUGAACGAAUUUUUUGAAUUUUAAGAAUUCGCAUAUGGCUGAUUGGAAAGCCAGAGAUGCCAACGUUUUUCACAUUCCCCCGCUUAUAAGUACUUUUAGGCACACUGAAGGCCAAGUUAAUUGAUUUGCUUUUCAAGAAACAACAACAAGUAUAAGUAUGCAAACUAUUGAAUGCAGCUGUCCUCUAUUCGAUCGAUACCCCAGAUCUUAUUAUCAUUAACUAACUGUGUAAAUUUUAUUGUAAUCGCCUAUGUAAAUAUGGUAAAUAUUAUUAAGUAUAAAACCUUUCUUUUAGGCUAAA